CUCUUCUGCCCGUAGACCAUGAAGCCUUGUAUAGUCUCUGUCGUUUUGCUGGAGAUUGUGAUCCUGAAAGGGACGUGGGCAGGUUCUCACUCCAUGAGGUAUUUCUCCACCGCCAUAUCCCGGCUGGACCUCAGAGAGCCACGCUUCUUAUCCGUGGGCUAUGUGGAUGAUCAGCAGUUCGUACGCUUCGACAGUGACAGUGAGAGUCAGAGGAUGGAGCCACGGGCUCCAUGGAUGGACAAAGUGGACAAGGACUAUUGGGAACGGGAGACACAGAUGUCUAGGAGAGCAGUACGGAGUUACCAGGAGGGCCUGGAGAACCUGCGCAGCUACUACAACCAGAGUGAGAGAGGGGUUCAUGUCAUACAGCACAUGUACGGCUGCGAGAUUUUCCCCAAUGGCAGCUUCAAGAGUGGAUUUGAACAAUAUGCAUAUGAUGGGAAAGACUACAUCUGCCUGAACUCAGAAAACUAUAUGUGGACAGCCAUAGAUCCCCAGGCUGUGAAUUCCAAGCGCAAGUGGGAACAGAGGAGUAUCUCUGAGAAAGAGAAAGCUUAUCUGGAAGAGACCUGUGUGUUGUGGCUACUCAAGCACCUGGAGAAUGGGAAAGAGGUUCUGCUGAGAACAGACCCACCUUCUGCCAGAGUGACCCGGCACAGCGGCCCAGACGGGGAGGUGACCCUGCGGUGCCGGGCCCAGGGCUUCUACCCCGCAGAGAUCUCCCUGAUGUGGCUGCGGGAUGGUGAGGAGCAGCUCCAGGACACGGAGUUCAUCGAGACCAGGCCAGGGGGAGAUGGCACCUUCCAGAAGUGGGCCGCUGUGGCCAUGGCCCCGGGCCAGGAAGACAGAUACAGCUGCCGAGUCCAGCACGAGGCCCUGGCCCAGCCCCUCAGCCUGAAAUGGGAGCCCCAGGCCUCCUCCGUGUGGGUCAUUGUGGGGGUCGCUGCUGGGGUCCUCAUCCUGGUCACUGCAGUCCUGGCUGGAGCUGUGAUGCUGAGGAGAAGGAAUUCAGGUGGAAAAGGAAGAGUGUAUGUUCCAGCUGCAGGCAAUGACAGUUCCCAGGGCUCAGAUGUGUCUCUCACAGCCUCAGCUUGAGAGAAUCACCUUGUGUGAAGCUGAGGAAAAAGCCUAGAGCUAUUGAAGGCUGUUGGGAUCAAUCAAAUCCAUAUUGUCUGACAUGGUCGCAGGUGGAAUUCUAGGACUGCAAAGUGGCCUCCAAGGAGGAUGGAAACACCCACCUAGACUAUCCAGUGUGAUUCCUCUCUUACUAAUACUCCAUAUUAUUGGAAUUGUUAUCAUCAAUAUCCCUACUCAGUCCCAGGGAAUUACAGAAGAACACCUGGAGGCUGCUAUUAGGGCCUUUAUAGAUUCCCAGGAAAAUCCCACCCUUAUAUUUAUUGAUACAGAAAUUCCCCUAAAGUCACUACUUAACAACUUAAGAAAAAGUGAUUUAAUGUUAAAGACUCUUUCUAGUCAUGCAAAUGGUAUAGAAAAGAAUCAAAUGCCUGCAGGGUUGAAACAAAUAUUUUCCCAAUCUACUAAGGAUCCAUUUGCUCCUAUAAUGAUAAUAAGGGGUUGUAGAUGGGACACUCCUAGGUAUAAACCCCCAACAAAACUGUACUUUCAUUCUCCAUUCCCAUACACAGAAGCUUACAUAAUAGAAAACCAGGAAGGACAAGCUUCCCUGAUUUGGUAUAUUAACUUAGGAGAACAAUGGAUGAAAAAAUAGAGAAUUGCCUUCCAUGAAAAGGCUGGUAUGUCCUACUCCACUGGACUGUUUGUUAAUUCCACAGCCUAGGCAACAUAUCAAACAUACCUUUGAAAAAUAUUGAAAAAUGAAAGACUGUUAUUGAUAUAAUACUUAAA